UAUACUGGAACAGCAUAGCAACUCGUACCCUUUCAGGUGAACUCUUCCAGGGAGAUCCUUAAGAGUCGCCACUGACAUGCAGAUUCAGCACGUUAGCUGCAUGCCCAUCCUUUUUUGUUUAAAUAACUCAAUCUCCUGCAUUUUCAAAUGUACUAUUUCUCUGUCUUUCCACCAUGCCAAAGUGUAUUCCCACCCCUUCUCCUGGAGAAGAUGAACCUCACUACCUCACUGUCAUUCACCCUUACAUCCUUGACAGUCAUUGCAACAUGGAGUUGCCCAAGGAUAGACAGGAUUUUGCGUGUUGGGUAGCGUGCUGCAUUGAUGCUAAGUACUUUUACACAUUCUUUUACAAGCCCAGUAUAAGUGGUGGUGUGGAUCGUCUCUGCAGUCUCGUGAAUGCCCCAAACUUGAUCGCUUACUCACACUGGAAGACAGGUGCAGAAGAAUUGCUGGUCGAAGACGCUUGGUUUAAAAUGUGGUCGCCGAACAAUCAACACACAUUGAGCGAACAGCGGGAGAUUGUGAUUUUGAAUCUGGUCUAUGAUCUAGAUGCAUGUAUUCGCAAAAUACUGUGUGUACCCCCUUUGUGUCUCAUGUACCAGAUCUUGUUAACGGGCUUUACUAGACAGUUUGACGUUUCUUGUUGCUGUUGUGCUGGAGGGGAGUGCAUGUUAAGAUCCAAGAUAUCAGCUGGUGGAUACCCAGAGUCCAGAAAGCUGUCCAAACACUGGUGGAGAGGCAAAAAAACAGCCAUCUCUCCGAUGUUGGAACCUUUUGGCGGAAAUGUGGUCGAGAAACAAGGCCCAAGUUACUUUUCUGCUACCUUUCUGCGAGCAAAAAUUUUAGGCAACAUGCAGUGUGCUACCAUUAUGCAAAUAGCUGUAAUAUUAGAUCUCGCAAAAUGA